AUGACAUUGAACACAGUUAUUGAUUUGACUCAAAAAAUAUCGGCAGUUUUAUCGAUAUUCCUGAACUGUUUCUUGACAUUUCUUAUUAUUUGCAAAUCUCCAAAACAACUUGGAUCAUACAAAUAUUUGAUGUUAUAUAUUUCUUGGUUCGAAAUAAUUUAUUCAAUUUUGGAUGUUAUAACUUCUCCAGUCAUGUUUUCUCAUGGAUCUAUUCUAGUUUCUAUUGUUUAUAUUAAAAAUUCGAAAAUUGCGGAUUGGGUUGCAUUAAUUUUGAAUAGUGUUUAUUGUUCGUUUUGUGGAAUAUCAAUGGGAAUGUUUGGAAUUAAUUUUAUAUAUCGAUAUUUUGUAUCAACUGGUUCGAAAUAUCUCAAAACAUUCAAUGGGUUCAAAAUAAUUUUUUGGAUGAUGAUUCCUGUUGUUUAUGGAUUGAUAUGGGGAUUUAUUGCUUAUGUAAUAUUAGGACCUUCAAAAGAAAUCGAUGAACAAUUGAGUGAACCAUUGAUGUUAACUUUUGGUUGGGAGAUUCAAGAUAUUUCCUACGUGGGUGCUUAUUUUUAUCAAAUCCAAUCUGAUGGAUCAUUAAUCAUUGAUUACAAAUCUGUUGUUAGUGUUUCGAUAACUUUCGCAAUCGUAUUUUCAUCAUUUCUUGUGAUGUGUUUUUGUGGAAUUAGAUGUUAUAUUAAAAUCAAUACAUUGCUGAAUAUUACGAACAAACACAAUUUUUCGACACAAUCGAAGAAUCUUCAAUCACAGUUGUUUUACGCGUUGGUCACCCAAACAAUUAUUCCAGUUAUUUUGAUGCAUUUUCCAGUUUCUACAGUAUUUGUUUUCACAUUUCUUGAUAAGGAUUUGGGAUUUUUGAGUGGUAUAACAUCAAUAACAAUUGCAUUAUUCCCAGCAUUGGAUCCAAUCCCGGCUAUGUUCAUUAUUAAAAGUUAUCGAAAAUCUAUUUUUGGAUUCUUCAAAAUCACAAAAGUUAAAAGUAUCCAAAUUCCAAGAAAUUAA